GUUGUCAAGUUGUUUGGUUUUCUUGCUGACGAUAUUUCGUAUGAUGUAACUCGAAAACUCAGUUUUGGUAUUGGCCUAUUCGUAUCUAAUAUCGAAUAAUAAUUCAUUUGCAGCUCGGGCCCUUACUUACAUGUAUUCCUUAACCUGCAAGGCGAAGUCGUGCUUGCUUGCUGGUUUUUAGGGGUAUGAGCCACUCGCCGAAAUGAGUCAAAACUUGUCCCAAGCUUCUUUUUUGGUGGGUUCACUUCAAAUAAAUGUAGCACGACAACUUCCCGUAGGUUUCUCAAGGAACGCUAUUAAACCCGACGGGUCCCUGGAAAUAUCUCAAUCUUAAAGCUUAAGCUGAAAAACAAAGUUAAUGCAUGCAUCUCUUUUUUAUUCACUUGAAUAUUCAAUCGCAUUAUUGUUAUUAUUCAAGUCGCAAUGUCUGAUACCUCUGAGUUAGGUGAAGACGACCUUGUCGAAUUAUCACUGUUGCGCGACUUCGAAAUUGACGAACUGAUCCAAGCUGGCUUUCUAAGCGAAGACGAAAAGCUGACAACGCCAUUGGACAAUGAAUUGAUUAUCCAAUAUGACGAAUUGGACCUGCAUGUAACUGCUGGUCCUUCUUAUCCAGCUACAACAGUUACCUGGAAGAUCGACAAUCAUGCAACAUCGAGAGAGGUGGUGGAUGAUCUGCGAGCACAAUUAAAGCAAAUUGUAGAGGAAUCUGCAGCCACGAACAACCCGGAGAAAUGGAGAAGGCGGGGAGAGGAGUGCUCAUUCGGUGUCUUCGAACCGGCCAUGGUGGUUUUGGAGCUUGCUAAAAAGACAGCAUCUCAUUUGGAGACAUGGAGACAUCGGAAGGCAGAAAAGACGACAGCUCCAAAGAAAAAGAAGAAGAAAUCGGAAGAGCAAUCGUCGUAUCUUCCAUUUGAGACGAAGAUGGAGAGGCCUAUUACUACGAUUAGUGACGUGGUGUACCAAUACCUUCAAGAAACGCCACAGCAAAUUUGCUCUCGGAUCCCUCCCUAUUACAGAAUCCUGCAUAUAGAGGAAGUUGUAAGGGCUGAUCUAGCGCAGAAAUUUCAUGAAAAGCAAAAAGAGAUGAGGAAGAAGUUGAGGUCACAACCUACCGAUGUACUUCGCAAGUAUGUCCCGCCUUAUCUGCACCAGACCAAGCGAAAAGAAGUAAUGGUAGAUUACGCUGUAAAGCCACGUCUUACUUUUCAUGGCACUUCCCGGCAGGUUGUGCCGUCCAUUGUGCGCUAUGGCUUCCUCAAGCCCGGUGGAAAAAAUCCUGGCACGAAUGAGACUCACACGAUUCGCUGUGGCGCGACAUAUGGCCGGGGCAUCUACAGCUCUCCGAAUCCGGACUUCUCGCUCAGUUACACAGGCGACUAUUGCCACGCCACCAAGCCCAAUGAGUUCUUCGGCAUCAAGCUAAUUGUAUGUGCGACGCUCAUGGGGGUUUCGGCCAAUAUGACGCGGAAUGAUAAUUGGCGGGAACAGUCUGAACCCUACCCCGGAGCUGAUUCGCACGUCGCUAAUCGUGAUCUUGAGUACAUCGUCUUCGACACCGCUCAGAUCCUUCCAGUUUAUGUGAUACACAUUGACUGGGGCCAAGAAAAUGCUCAGCACUUUCUAGACCUGCCCAAGGAUCCAGGUCACUUUAUCCCCUCGCAGACGAAGACACAUCCGAAACUGUUGAAAGACGUUCGCUGGCCCUAUCAAAUCCAGGCCCAGAAAGCGGCCGCAUUUGCCAGCGCUGCUAAGUGGUUCCCUUACGGUUAUGGCCCCUCGACCGGCUCGAAAUUCGUUGUUGAGGAGGUGGGCGAGGUGGAUGAAGAUGAAGAGGAGUACGGUGAUUACCAAGCACUCCGAGGUGAAGAGAUCAAGGAAUUGACAAACUAUGAUUUCUGGAGCUGGGUUAAAGUUGGUGUGGAGAUGGAUAUGGCCGCCGUGGGUGGUGACUCCGCCAAUGAGUAUGCCAGGCAGCGCCACUGGAAUGGCCCUGAGGUUAUGGGAGGGGGUUUGAUACCAGAGUGGGAUGAACUUCGUGAUCCUAGGGAGGAGGAUGGUAAAGGGGAUGAUGAUAAUGAGAAUGUUUGGGAAGAGGAUGGCGAUUUAGGCCUGGAUCUUCUCACGCUUUAAAGGAGUUAUAGUCGAGAUACCCAAUUGAUAUUGAUUCAUGAGUACCUAUAAUCGAUGAAGUGCAAUAAUACAUUACUGACAUCUGCACUUAAAUUCGAUCGGUCUUGCAGAUUAGCAGCAUUUAAUAGUGAAUCUUGU